AACCACCGCCGCGAGAGCAACACCAAUGAUUCUACCAGCCCGCAACAUGUCCCCCUCUCACGGGGCCUUCCACCCUCCGACCUUACAACACCCUGAAGAGGAACCCGUCUCCCGGACCUACCAGUACAGAAAAGUCAUGAAACCAAUGCUGGAGCGAAAACGGCGCGCUCGCAUCAACCGCUGCCUCGACGAGCUGAAAGACCUCAUGGUGACCGCACUCCAGGCGGAAGGCGAAAACGUCUCCAAGCUGGAAAAAGCUGACAUCUUGGAACUGACCGUGCGACAUCUACACAGCUUGAAGCGACGGGGGCAGCUAGUGCUCAAACCUGAAGUGUCGUACGCGGAACGCUUUCGUGCUGGAUUUGCUCAGUGUGCUACUGAAGUAUCUCAGUUCAUAACAAAUGCCACAGUGGCUGCGAACGCGAUGCAGCGGCAGGGUCCUGUGGAUCCUCAGGCGGGGGCGAGGUUGCUUCAGCAUCUCAGUAACUGCAUUCGAAGAUUGGAAGCGCCGCCGGUUGUUCAGCCCCAGCCGAUAGCUCCCAACGUCGUGGCGAGGCCCACUCCGGUCCAAGCUGUGGCACCUCCACUGCAAGCAGGUCAGCCGCCGCAACAGUGUCCGCGGACGGUGCUGACAGACAGGAGCUUGAAGAGGCCGUUGGAAGAGACAAUCGACGUGGAAACAAUCGGCACGAAGCGCGUGUACGCCCCGCCUUCGCCGCCGAACAGCCCCGCCUCCGAGCCUGACCCCACCCAGUCGAUGUGGCGGCCCUGGUGACCCACCACUGCCCCGCGCCACUCUGAUGAUCUCUCACUCCAUCCAGGAUUGUCCCCAAUGUGUGAUAGUUAUAAACUUUGUUGUUUUACCGUUAACGUUCCUAGAACUAUGUGUGUUACAAAUGCAUGCUCGCUUGUUGAAGUUUGUUUUUUUUUUUAUUUAAAUAAAGUAAGUUUGUUUGUUAACUGAAGUAUUUAAUGCCUUAGCGUCUUCCAAAGCGGUAUUGUGUUAGCAUCUUCAGAAGUACCGUAUUGUUGGGUUCUUACUGUGAUUCAUAGUAUUAUAAUAUAGGAGUUAGAUUAGGUUUGUUAUAUAGAAAUGUACAAAGUAAAUAAAUAAAUAUACGAUCCAUUAAA